CCCCCCCGAACCAGCCCUCUGCGCAGCCAUGGACAGGAAACUGAAUUUAAGCCGGGCGGAAACCUUCUCCUUCAUCAACCCCUGGAUCCGUUACUUCCUCUUCUUCUUCAGCUUCUUAUUCUGGGUUUUCUCCUUGCUGAUUAUCGCGAUAGGAGUGUACGCCAAAGUCCAGAAAGCCACAGACACGGUCCGGGACACCUUCCUGAUCGACCCGGCGGUCAUCCUGAUCGUGGUGGGCGUGGUCAUGUUCUUCAUCACCUUCUGCGGCUGCAUCGGAGCGCUGCGGGAGAACAUUCGCCUCCUCAAAGCCUUCUCCCUCAGUCUGACUCUGGUGUUUCUCACCCAGCUGGCCAUUGCAGUUCUGGGCUUCUUCUACUCUGAUCAGACUCGGGACGCCCUGGGGAAGUUCGUGAAGAAGGCUAUCGUACACUACAGGGACGACCUGGACCUGCAGAACCUAAUGGACUACAUCCAGACAGAGUUUCAGUGCUGCGGGUGGAACAACUACACGGACUGGUCCUGGAACCCAUACUUCAACUGCACCCAGGGGAACCCCAGCACCGAGCGGUGCGCGGUCCCGUUCUCCUGCUGCACGCCUGUACCGGGAGAGGUCGUGAUCAACACCAUGUGUGGAUUCGGGGCGCAGACCCAGAACUUCCUGGACGCGACCAAGUCCAUCUACCCGGCGGGGUGCGCGGACAAGGCGGUCACGUGGAUCGAGUCGCACCUGCUGCUGGUCGGGGCCAUGGCCCUGGGGCUCGCCCUCCCCCAGGUGGCGGGCAUCGUGCUGUCCCAGAUCCUGAUUUCCCAAAUCCAGGACGAGAUCGGCUCCGUCUUGUGAGGCGGGAAGCGGGACGGCGACCCCCCCCCCCGGGUCGAGACCCAACUCGACCGCGUGACCCCCCCCCCCCCCCCGAGAGAGCGUCCGCAGGGCUGAAGCUCCAAUAGCAAGGCGUGUCGGUGAUAAUGCAGUGAGCUACACCCAUAGCACCGUACUAAACAGACAAGGAGUUCACACUGGAAACAUUUAUUCAUUGGAGCGGUUACAUAAUCGAAUGAUUACUGUAUAUUUGUGUCGGCAUUAAGGAUUUACUUUGAGUUUGUUUUUUAACGGCAUGUGUUUUUUUUAUUAAUAAAAUGCUGAUGUGAACAUAA